UAUUGUCUUCCUCAAACAUUCGCCCUAAACGCACCGCGAACCCAUCACUCGCGAAUGCCACCUGCUGCUGUCGCAUUGCAACACAGCAUCCCGAUCCCAAAUUUAUUUCCUCAGCCAUGGCCUAUCAGCACCUUCUACGCUGUUAAACUUUAGUCCCGUGUUCAAUCCUUCUCGGGAGGUGUGUCGGUUGUAGAAAAAAGUGGUUUUCAUGACGCGUGUUCAAGUGGUGAAAAAUUUCCAGCAUUCGAACCCAUUAGUGAGAAAAAAGGCCCCAUAAUUUCCGCCAUCAGAAGUGGAUAAAAGGUGUUCCCCUUCACACAAGGGGUGGUGAUUUGUGUCAACGAGGAUGCCGCAGUAAAAUCGAAAAUUAGAAACAUUUCUCAGAUAGGUCAAACUGUGAUUGGAGGUGGCUCUGGCUGCCAUUAGAUGUGAACGAGGAAAUUUUAAGAGAUUUUCUUUUCACUGCUUUAUUUUUGGUUUUCGGUCAUUCCGAGCGACGAGGUGAGGCGACGGAGACGUAGACGAUGCGAGGGGUUCCCAUUUAUAUUUAUGGGUCUCUGGGCUAGGUGAGAGCACGAGCGGUUGUGAAACGCAUCAUCACGCUGCGGAGAGGCAGAGCAAGAGCGAAUCCCCGGAAUUUUUCCUCGAAUGCUCUUUGGUUGUUUACUAACUACUAGCUACCGAAAGAAGUGCGAUGUCGCCUGCCUGUUGAGGUUGGUUCGCGAACUCUCCCCCUGCUGGUCAGCCGCACAUUUGCGUCGAGUGAGCGUCGUGGAGCAUAAUAUCGCGUGAAGCCCCCCCAAAAACGUGUGAAACGUCUUAGCUCGCGCCGCAGACCUCAGUUUGGUGACAGACAGACAUGAGAACGGACGGACGGCGAUCGGUGGAAGACGACGUUUGGUUGGCAGGACUAGCAGCAGCUGGUGGAGAUCAGGAGGAAAGUGGAGGUGGUGGGGGAGGAGCCAGUUGUGAAUUUGCUAACGGUGGACGGAGUAGCCGCCGGUCGACGAUGAUAUUUGCCUGCGACAGUGCUCAUCAUCAGCCGGUUCAGUCUAUCAGCUGAGCUCGACGGUUAAAGUCGUUAAGGCGGCAAUUUGUAACCGUUCAGGUGCCUGCCCCUCCAACACGCGCCACGAUGGAAUUGACCGCCGCGAGUGAAGAUUUGGAUAUCGUCCCAAACGGAAAUCCGGAAACGGCAGUGGAAUGUGAUAAUAUUAGCAGAAGUAGUAGCAGUAGUGAUAGUGAUAGGUUAGCGCUAAUAGAUCCGGAGAAUAUGGUCCGUUUCAAGACGGAAUUGUUGGCGUUCCUCGACGAUCUGUAUACGCCCGACCAACCUUGGGAUAUUGCCGUGUUCGAGGGCUACGGACGUGGAAUGGUGGCCACUCGCGACAUUGAGGAGAACGAAUUGAUCUUCCUGGAUCGGCCAAUUCUGCUCGGUCCGCGAUUGAACAACUACGAUGUGAUAUUCUGUGCCAGCUGUUGUAGAAUACAGAAAAAGUUAACUCUUUGUAGUGGGGGCUGCCGGCUACCGGUUUGCCCUGAUUGCGACAUUUCUGCAGCUCCGGAAACUCCCCAUACCGCAGAGUGUCGCGUCAUAUCCUCCUGGGAACCCAAGGACCAAAACCGCUACUGUAAAACCAUUCUCUACGCCCUGACCUCGAUUCGGGGAUUCCUCCUAGACAACCACCGUCGCUCAAUUGUGCUCAACAUGGAAGCUCAUCCGCCUCGCAAGGACAUGACCACCGAGGUCGAACGGAUAAUCAAGGAUCAAGUCUUCAAAAAUCUACCGGAAGACAGCGAAGAUGUGCAAUAUCUUCGCAAGAUCGUAAACGUGCUCAAUACGAACGCCUUCGAAACCAGCCGGAUGGUGCAAGAUGAGGACAAUAACGACCACGAAAUCGUGCUCCGAGGGCUCUACAUCCUGGGUGCACUGAUGAACCAUUGCUGUCUGCCCAACAUCCGGUACGUGUUCGACGGGGACCUUGUGAUGCGCUGCUACGCCUCGAAACCGAUCCGCAAGGGCGAACAGAUCUUCAACAACUACUCCAAAACGCUGUGGGGAACGCAGCAUCGGAUCAUCCAUCUGUGCUUCUCGAAGCACUUUUUGUGCAGUUGCGAUCGCUGUCGGGACCCGACGGAAAUGGGCACCUAUCUGGGGGCGUUGAAGUGCGUCCGGGACAGCUGCCCCCAGGGUCGGUUGCUGUCGAUGAAUCCGCUGAAAAUAUCCUCGAUGUGGCAGUGCGACACCUGCGGGCUGAAGAUGAGCAAUGUGAAGGUCACCAAAAUCCAGGAGAUUGCCGGCCGGAUGAUUCUGAACAAUGCGGUCAAGAAGGACGCCGCCUACAUUGUGGACUAUUUGAACGAGCACGUGGCAAAGUUUUUGCCACCGUGCAACCAGUUCACGGUGGAGCUGAAGCUGCAGGCAAUACUGAAGAUUCAGGACGACGCGGAGCUGGCGUUGCUGGUGGAGAAGGAUAAGUACUGCCGGGAGAUUUUGGAGCUGCUGAGGAAGCUCGGCUACGGCGAGUGCUACGUCAAAGGGGUGCUGUGCUACGAGCUUUUCAAGGCACGGAUGACGAUUGCGGGGUUGAAGGAGGAGACAUUCCCCGGCGAGGGAGAGCUGGGUUUCCUGCGUACCGCAUGGAUCAUUCUGGGCUGCAGCGGAAACCGUCCACGAGAUUUGGCGCAACUUGCUCAAUUGCACGAUUGCAACGACGUUUGAUGACAAUCUAGGAUACAACAACAGACAGUGUUGUGGUAGAACAAUCAAAAGUGGUUGUGCUUUGUUCGGCCGCAAUAGAUGCCGAUCGGCAACAUGGUAACGAAACGGUUGUUUCCAACGCACCAAUCAGAAGCGAGAGCACACAGACUCCUAGAAUAGACAUAGCACGGACACAUUCAAAUACACACAAGCGCAAAAGAAGUGCAAAAAUCAUUGAGAUUUCAGAUUGAUAGCAUUUAGAACAAUUUUUGCUCACAACGCAUGGCAGAUUUUCUUCCUCUCUAGACAGCGAAGUUGAAAUUAGGAACACGAAAAAAUGACACUGACAGCCAACCCGUCGCCAUGGCGAUGGGUAAUGUUGUUUUUGCUCGCAACUCGUAACUAACACGUUAAUUCACACAUUCUCCUACCAAUAGAUGAUAAGCGGAUUGGAAAUAUUUUUGUAUCGGUAAAUGAAGUGGAACACACUGGCGACGAAAAAGUAAUGGAGUCAUGCUGCCACACGGUGGAAGAAGAAAAGGAGAAACACGAAUGAACUAUGAAUGAAAAUAAACAAAAGUCAUUACACUCGGAUUGACGCACAAAGACUGGCACCUUUUAGCGCACUUGGUCUUUUUCGCCUAUGAAUCGUUGAUUUUUUGCCCCUCUACAUCUUUUCUGAACGUUGGCUAUUCACCUUCUACUCUUCUAGUUAUAGUAAAACAAAGUAAAUUUAAAAAAAAUCGUGUCUUUCAAAUCUGUCCAUUUGUUGACAAGAAGCGUAUCUAUUUCCAGUCAUUAAACCGUCAUACGCCAAAAUGAGAUCCACAUUUAGAGUCGUUAAAAUAGACAUUGAAUAUAGAAAAUACAAUUGUACAUUUAUCAAUACUUUUUUUUUCUAAAAUAAAAUUCAAAGAAGAACAACGCAGGACAAGAUCCAAUAUCAAACAAAAUAUAUCGAAAUAUUUACUCAGAUCCCUUUCUAGUCAUGUUUCAAACUGUUUUUAGGCUAAUAAAAUGCAAUACCCAAGGUAAUCAAUACAUAUUUAAUGGAUAAUGGAAAAUAAUAAUGAAGCCAUAUAUAAAUGAAUAUAUUUUCUCUCUUUAUAUCAAUCAAGCAAACCCUUCAAAUCAGAUAAAUAAAAAAAUCCGCUUGAACCUCGGCAAAUAAA